ACAUUUAUCAAAAUUUAACAAAUCUAAAUUGACGCCCCAAAAUGGCGAAUGCAUUGCGAGUCCAGCAUUUUUUGUGACCGGGAAGCCCCAAACUACCCCUCAAAAAGUGAAAAAUGUGGAGAAAUUAGGAGCGAAAUGCGGAGGGCAAUAUCGUAAUCGAAGUUUGCUUUGAAAACAAUCUGCGGCCGAAGUAAAAUGAUUUUCAAAAUCAAAGUCAUAGUUCAUGCUCCUGCCAUUUUUGGUUGUCUCUCUCCACGCUCCCAUUUCUGAAAAGGAAGCAAGUAAUCUUCUGCGAGAAUGUUCGAACCGCAGCACCUCAUGGAUUUGCAGGACAAUGGCGGUUUUGCGGACUCCAAAUCGUGGUUGCAGGGAGACGGUCAUUCGUCCCCGACUCACUCACGAACUCACUCUUCUCUCUCUGGUGCCACUUCCGCAGCCGCCGGCACGGCCGGUAACGUCGAUCGGGUCCUCUUCAAUGACCUUGUCGAGAUAGUCCCUCUUGUUCAGUCCCUCAUUGACCGGAAACAGGGCUCUUCAUUUACUCGUAGGGGUUCCAUGAUCUACACCAAGACGCCUUCCAGGGAGUCGUUCUCCAAAAAGAUUACUGAACCGAAGGGGAAGAAUGCAGCUCAUUCUAUUCCCUCAAGGAAACAAAGGGACCGUGGAGACAAAGUUCAAGGUAAAAGUGGCGUCAAUAACCAAGAAGGUUGUGUUGAUGGCUUCUCAAUUUUCUCCUCAAGGGAGGACAAAGAAGAAUUGAUUUUAUUAAGGGAGCAAUUGGAAGAUUUACAGAAGAAAUUAUUAGAGAAGGAUGAGCUGCUGAAAUCUGCAGAAAUUGCAGAGAAUCAGAUGGCUGCAAAACUUGAUGAGCUGAAACACCAGGCUGCAGAGAAGGAAUCUUUAAUGAAGUCCAUCCAGUUACAAUUCUCAAAUGCAAAGAUUAAGCUUGCCGACAAACAAGCAGCCCUGGAAAAGACACAGUGGGAAGCGCAGGCAUCUCACAGGAAAGUGGAAAAGCUCCAGGAAGAUUUAGACUCUCUGCAAGGAGAAAUUUCAUCAUAUAUGAUGAUAUUUGAAGGCUUGACUAAGAAUGAUUCCAAUGAUUCCACUAUACAUGCUGAAGAUUAUGAUAUCAUGCCAAAUCAUAUGAAUCCUCUUCCUGAAAUAGAUGAUCUGGAUGAAUUGGAGAUGCAGAAAAUGGAGGAAGCAAGGGAAGCUUAUGUUGCUGCUGUCGCUGCAGCAAAAGACAAGCAAGACGAAGAAUCCAUCACCGCUGCAGCCAGUGCAAGGUUACAUCUUCAGUCAUUUCUUUUCAGAACUGAAGUGUAAAAUCGCUGAAGGUAACAGGGUUGGGAUUUCAGGCACGGGAGGAAGCACUUGCUCACUAGAAUGUUCAGGUAUCGAUGUAACAUGGUUUAGCAUUGAUGAUUACUUAAGAUGUCGAUAUUUGUACUUCUCCAAUCCAGCCAAGUUCCUUUGUUGUGGGGGUAGUGUCCUGUGUGUUUGUGUCGGAGAAUUCUGAUGUAGGUUUGUUUUUUUGGUCCACUUUGAUGUGUUGUGAGGGGGGGUGGUUGUUGCUAUGAGAGGUUCUCCGGUUUGUAUCAGGUAUUUCAAAAAAAGUUGUUAACUUGCUCGAAAUUGUUCUCCAAAAAGAAAAUAGUGUAAUUGCAAUUAUUUAAGGUUGAUCAUAGUGGCAAUUUGUUAAUAAAA